UGGUUGAAGAGCGAGCUUGCUAGGCUAGGAUCGAGCUGAACGCGGCCGGGGUCGCCAUGGAUCGGGGUGACCACCUCCAGCACCAGUUCUUGAUGCCUCCGCCGGCGCCGGUGGUGCCGCAGCAGCACUUGUGCAUGCCGAUGAUGGCGGACGAACAGUACCUAGUGGGCGGCGGCUCGGCGGUGCCAGCGAGGGGCUCGGCCGGGGAGAGGAAGAGGCGGUUCACCGAUGAGCAGAUACGGUCGCUGGAGUCCAUGUUCCACGCGCACCACGCCAAGCUGGAGCCGCGGGAGAAGGCCGAGCUGGCGCGCGAGCUGGGCCUGCAGCCGCGGCAGGUGGCCAUCUGGUUUCAGAACAAGCGCGCGCGGUGGCGCUCCAAGCAGCUCGAGCACGACUACUCCGCCCUCCGUGCCAAGUACGACGCCCUCCACUCCCGCGUCGAUUCCCUCAAGCAAGAGAAGCUUGCUCUCACCACUCAGUUGCACGAGCUCAGAGAGAGACUGAGGGAACGCGAGGAGAGGAGCGGCACUGUUGCCGCCACAGCCGCAGCUAGCAGCAGCAGCUGCAACGGAGGCAGCGAGGAGGUCGACGACGACAAGAGGAACGUCGCCGCGGGGUGCCUAGACCUCGACCCACCGGAGAGCUGCGUGCUCGGUGGAGCGACGUGCGCCACGCCGGCGGACGUGUCGGUGGAGUCCGAUCAGUGCGACGACCAGCUCGACUACGACGAGGGCUUGAUCCCGGAGUCCUUCUGCGCUACGCCGGAGCUGUGGGAGCCGUGGCCGCUAGUCGAGUGGAAUGCGGUGGCUUGAAAGACGGAGUUAGCUUAGGUUAAUUUGUGUGUACAUGUAGCUUGAACGUACGUGCAUCACGUGUGCUCGACCGAUCAAUCGUCCCCUAGCUUGGGACGGAGAGGCGAAAGAGGGGCUGUGCCAAUGACGUAUGGGGUUCGGUUUAAAUUGGGGUUGCAGGUCAUUGGAGUAGUGGUGGUUAAAACCUUGGAAGCAAUAUAAGCCAAUGGGCUUUGUGUUU